UAUCCAUCUUAGUAACUUGAUUUCGCUCAUGAAGCGUUGCGAAAGCUCAAAACUCGAGCUCUGCUACUCGGGAAGAAAGAAACUGAAAAUCUUACCUCCAUAUCCACCCGGCUCUCACAUAUGCCUUUCUGGGUUUUCACUUUUACCAUUUGACUUGAAAUUUCAGAUACUAUCGCUAGUUGAAGUUAGUGACCUAGUAAAUCUUUGGAAAGUUUGCAAAGACUUCCAGCUGAUGAUUGAAAAAUACUGCGCCAGUAGUUCGUGUCCACAGUUAUCACAGUUCUACUAUCCACACAAACAUGAAUUACAAUCACCCUUCAGUACUAGAUUGUCUGUUUCGUUGUACAAACAGACUGGAAAUUUGUUUCGUAGGAUCUAUCACCACCGACCAUUUUGUAGUAAACUUCAAUUUCUGGAGCUUGGUUUACGCAGACACAUGCCACAUCGAGAAGAUUCUUUAAGCACCGUUCGAAAUAUACGGGAACUAGACUACUGUCCAAGCUUUUGCUGUAUAGGUCUUUCAAAAUGCUUAGCUUUAUUUAUGUAUGGUGUUUUUUUGAAGGAAUUCAUUUUUGGGUGGCCGGAGCAAAAUAUUCAGCGACUUUUUCACACACUUGUGCACAUAUGCUUUAAUGGAAACUUCUGGUUUCGCCUGUCAAAUUUGAUAUGUCAGAGACCAGGCGUAGAUCCUCAGUCUGAAUUAACGCUUCGCCUUUUCCUGAGAAAGAUAUUUUUAGACCCUAUUGCCUUACCACAGAUAUACGACGAGAUCAAUACAUUAUCGUCGUCCAUUCCCAAUACGAAUCACUUUUCAGCAUUUGAUAACAGCUCUGUAGCUAUUCACCACAACGAACUUCGGAAUCAGCAACCAGCUGAAUCCCAGUCGAAAACUUCUUUGGCCCUCGAAACAACCAGUAACUAUCGUUCAUCCGUAUAUCCCUCUGAUAUUGGUCUACUGACUCCAGUUUCCUCAUCUAGCAAUUAUUGUGCUAGUAAAGUUUCAUCGGAUGAUUUAUCAAUGGUCACACAAUUACCACGUGGUGCAGCAAAAUCUUCGUUAUCACCGGUUUCAACUUUGGUCAUGCAUAAUUCAUCAACCUCCUCGAAUCAACCGAUAAAUAACGAUUUCUGGCCAGCUUCCAAAAUUUUAAUGAUGAUUCUUCAAUCAUAUUCUUAUACUCAUCAAGCUAGAAUUUUAUUUAUUUUGUAUGGACCAUUACAUAGAGGAAAUCUUAUGUGGCGUACAAUGUGUGAAAAUACAGCUGCUGAUUCUCAACAAUUAUCAGCUUGUUUUGGUGAACUAGGAAAUGUACUAUCAAAUAUGUUUCAAUCUGGUCUAUGGACAUCUACGGAUAUUGUCAAUAUACUUGAUCAAAUCACAGUGACACCUGAAGAUUGGUUAGCAGAAAAUGUUGCAUGCUUAUUACAUACAUCAGGACCAAAAAUAGCACUACUAUCUGUGACAAAUAAAGCCCGCAAUGGAAAAACUGUUGAAGUCGCUGUUACUAUUACUUCACUUUGUUUAGUUCAGGUGAAAAUUCGUGCAAAAUUAACAGAACUUAUUAAUCUUGUCACUGCUACAUUCCAAGCAACAAAAGAAAAAGAUAGAACUACAUUUUUAGACCAGUUAGCUCGAUCUUUUCAAGAUGUUAUAGUUGACUUGUAUGAGACUGAUGAAUUAGAAGACCGAGUAGAAGACUUCUCGACCAUACUGAGAGCACAAGCAGAAUUCAUGCGUGCACUUAUGGCACAUAUAUACGAGGAGUAAAAUAUGAAUAUCUGCGUGUCAAAUUCGUUUUUUUUUCACUGUGGUGCUUUCAUUAGAUCUCUUUUUUAGUUUAUCUUUGUUUCGAUUAUAUAAUGCCGUAUAACUCAUUUCUGUUAUGAUUGUUACUUUAUACCAAAAAAUUGUUAUUGUUACCUCCUUUGUAUUUGUUUUUUUUGUGCACAGAUGUUGACUAAGUAUUUUUCUACCUAUUUUGUAAACCAUUUUCUAUCUUUUUUUAUACAUGUUAUGAACUAUUUAGUUUUGUAUCAAUAAACAUUUCUAGUUAUGGAAAAUUCG